AUGAAUAGGAAUAUAAGAGAAAUGCUUAACAAUGAUGAAUACAAACCUCUGAUUGUGAAUAAACAGAAUCGAUAUGAUAACAAUUGUAAUAAUAAUAAUAAUCAACGAUCAUCAUCUCGUCUUGAGUGGGCAGAAGCAUCAUGGAAUCGACUAUUCUAUCUUCUAACAUGGUGGUGGAUAAAUCCUAUUAUUUUACUCGGUUAUAAACGACCAUUGAUCGAUGAAGAUCUGGAUGAUUUACCUCAUAUUGAUAAAUGUUGUACAUUAUUGAAUAAAUUAAGUAGAUACAAUUGGCAAGAAUCAACAACUUUAAAAAUAAUCAUUAAAUCUUUUUGGAAACAAUCUUUACUUAUUGGACUUCUUCUUCUACCUCGAAUGACAGUUCGAAUCGGAAAAUCAUUAAUUAUACGUAAUAUCGUAUUUUAUAUAAAAAAUUAUCAAAUACUUUCAUUAUCAAUUACUACUGGUUAUUUAUAUGCAAUAGCAUUACUCAUCUGUACACUUAUUGAAGUAUGUAUUCUUCAUUAUUUUGUCUUUCAAUCAUCUCGUAUUGGCUUGCAAAUUCGCAAUGUACUUACUUCAAUUAUUUAUAAACAUUCAUUGUCAAUCAAUAUCGUUUCAUUUCAAAAGACAACUACUGCCAAAGUAAUCAAUCUAAUUGCUCAUGAUGCAGCUAAAUUUGAACAAUUAAACACAUCUAUUCAUUAUGUUUGGGCAGCUCCCCUUGAAGCUCUUGUAGUAUUCGUUAUUUUAUGUUGGAUUAUCAAACCUUUAUUUGUAUUAAUAGGAUAUUCCAUAUUAAUUAUACUUACAUCUUUGCAGAUAUUCUUCAGUAGGAAAUUUAGUCGAUAUUAUCUAUCAGCAGCAAUCUUUACCGAUCAACGUAUACAUGAAUUCAAUGAACUUAUUCAAGGAUAUCAAAUUAUUAAAAUGUAUAAUUGGGAAAAAUCAAUGGAAGAACGAAUACUUCAAAUACGACAACGUGAAUUUAUCGAUAUUCAGCAUGCAUUUCGUUUACGUGCAUUAAAUAUUGGUUCAUCUUUUCUAGCAACAUCUCUUAUGGCUCUUUCUACAUUUGGUAGUAUGUGGCUUUUUGAUUAUUCAUUAGAAGCCGCUAAUAUUUUCACAGUACUUUCAAUGUAUAAUCAAAUACGUAUGCCUGUUCUUCGAUAUUUACCGCCAGCUAUUGAGAAGCUAAGUGAAGUUUGGAUUGCAUCGAAACGUAUCGAUGAAUUUAUGAAUUUACCCAUGGUACAAAAUAAAACUUCACUCACUAUGUUUUCCGGCGAUAUGUAUAAUGCAGAAAAAGGUAAAAUUAUCAUGCAUAAUGCAUCAUUCUCAUGGCAAGAUUCUGACGUUUGUUUAUCAUCACUCAAUAUCGAAAUAGAAUCAGGUACAUUUGUAGGAAUUAUAGGAUCCGUUGGCUCUGGAAAAUCAUCGCUAUUGUCAGCUAUUCUUGGUGAGAUGAUUUUAAAUCAUGGUCAAUUAAACAUAAAUAAUAGUUCUUUUUCUCAUGUUUCGCAAUCUUCUUGGAUUCUACCUGAUACUCUUCGAUCUAAUAUACUUUUUGGAAAAUCAUUUCAUGAACAACGCUAUUUAACUAUAAUUCGUGCAUGUUGUCUAGAUGUUGAUAUUGAAACUUUCGGACCUAGUGGUGAUUUAACAGUCAUUGGUGAAAAAGGAAUUAAUUUGAGUGGAGGACAAAAAGCACGUAUAUCACUGGCACGUGCUCUUUAUACAGAUGCUGACAUUUAUCUUCUUGAUGAUCCUUUAGCUUCUGUCGAUCCUAAAGUUGCUAGACAUAUCUAUGAACAGUGUAUUGGUCCGAAUAGUUUGUUGAGUAAGAAAACUCGCCUACUGAUAACAUAUCAAAUACAAUUUUUAUCUGAAUCACAUCUAAUAAUUGUUCUUGCUAAUGGUCAUAUUCAAACACAAGGUCGCUUUGAUCAAUUAUCUAUUCAACAUGAGAAUAUUGAUCAGAUAGAAACUACUAAUUUUGUCCAAGAGACAGUGCCAGACAAUAUACUUGAUAUUAGACGUUCUACUAUUGAUACUCAAUCAAUUAUAUCCGAUGAAAAAUCGUUAAGUGAUGCUACAAGUUGGUCUAUAUGGUAUUCUUUAAUUGCAGGUUCAUCUUUAAAUUGGUUUAGAUUUUACCUUGUCAUUAUCUUUCUUAUUGCUGGUGAAGUCUUCUAUGAUAUUAGUAAUUAUUGGCUUAGUCAAUGGUCAAAACAAUCUUAUAUUAAUCAACAAUAUCAGUUAAAGAAUGUUUACAUUUAUUUAGGUUUAAGUUUAACAACAGUUAUUAUCGCUUUAAUACGUGUGCAUUAUUUUUUUAAUCUCAUUUUGAAUGGUUCAAAUCAAUUGCAUAAUACGAUGUUAACUGGAUUACUUUAUACAUCAAUACAAUUUUAUGAAAGUAAUCCAAGUGGACGUAUUCUAAAUCGUGUAAGUAAAGAUCAAAAAGUUAUUGAUGAACAAUUAGGUAUCAUAUUAUUCGAUGCAAUACAAUCAUUAUUGAUGACCAUCGGUUCGAUAGUCAUUAUUGGUAUUGUAAAUUGGUGGGUUUUAUUAUUGCUUAUUCCGUUAUUACCUAUAUUUUGGAUUCUAAGUCAUAUUUAUUUGAAAACAAGUCGUCAAUUGAAACGAUUGGAAAGUAUAACACGAAGUCCUAUUUAUACUCAUUUCUCAACAUCUUUAAAUGGCUUAGUUACGAUUCGUGCAUUCAAAGCUGAAGAUGAUUUUCUACAAUCAUUGACAAAUAAAAUAGAUGCUAACACACGUUCAUACAUAAUUCUAAUAGCUACUAACAUUUGGCUUGGCUUUUAUCUUGAUCUUAUGGCAACAUUCUUUUCAUUUGUUACUGCUAUUCUUGCUAUCAUUCUACGUGAUCAAUUGAAUCCAGCAUAUGUUGCUCUUAGUUUAUCAUAUAGUAUUAAUAUGACUGUAUUAUUUCAAUGGGGUAUACGACAAUUACUUGAAAGUGAAACCUUGAUGACAAGUGCCGAACGUAUCAAUGAAUAUGCAAGAUUGCCAUCUGAAGAAGAUGAAGGUGGUCAAAAGCGACUUAUAAAAACAUUACCAGAUUGGCCAACUAGUGGAAUAAUAGAAUUUCGAAAUUAUUCAUUUCGUUAUACAUCUGAUCUUGAAUCAGCACUCAAAAAUAUCAAUUUAAAUAUUGCAUCGAACGAAAAAAUUGGUAUUAUUGGCCGUACAGGUUCAGGUAAAUCAUCACUUUUUAAAGCUCUCUUUCGUUUUAUUAAUCGUUCAAUGACUGAUGGCGAAAUUCUUAUUGAUCAUGUCGAUAUCAGUCGUAUUACAUUAAAACAUCUUCGUUCACAUCUUAGUGUCAUUCCACAACAGCCAUUUCUAUUCAGUGGAACGCUUCGAUAUAAUUUAGAUCCAUUAAAUCAAUAUUCGGAUGAAGAAUGUUGGAUGGCACUCAAAGCUGUACAACUCGAUCAAUCAAUUUUCAAUCAACAAUCAAGUCUUCUUCUAUAUCCUAUAGCUGAAUCAGGCAGUAAUCUUAGUGUUGGUCAAUGUCAAUUGAUCUGUGUUGCUCGAGCUAUUCUUAAGAAAAGUAAAAUUUUAUUAAUUGAUGAAGCAACAGCUAAUGUUGACAAAGAAACAGAUGCAUUGGUGCAAAAAGUUAUUCAAGAAAAAUUUCGUCAUCGAACUAUUUUAACUAUUGCACAUCGAAUCAAUACAGUAGCAUCAAGCGAUCGUCUUAUCGUCAUGAAUAAAGGCAGAAUUAUUAAUAUCAAUACAUGCAAUGAUAUUUUAUCUCGUCCCUAA